AUGAUGAUGUAUUUAGUCCUAUUAUACGUUAUGGGCAUACUGCAAAUUAUUAUGAGAAUGACAAAAAAAUUUAUUUUUUGGGAGGAGUAGAUCGCAAUAAUAAUACUUUGGCUGAUUUCUUUACACUUGAAAUAUCAAACAUCACAGCUCCAAAAUUUGAAAUACUUUAUCCUUCUACUUCUCCCAAGAUAGCUUUUGCAACCUCAGUGAUAAUUAGUUCGAAAAUUUAUGUAUAUGGAAGUUCUGAUGGCAAAAUGUUGAAUCAAGGCUUCUUGAUUGACAUAUCGAUAUCGAGUAAACCAACUUGGAACUCCCUUAAUAUACCAGCUUAUCUACCACCAGCUCAAGCACUAUCGAUAUAUACGAAUAAGAUAAUCGGUUCAUCUGGGGACAUUUAUAUUUUCACUAUUCAAUCAGACCGACCGAAAAUGCUACGUUAUGAUACAAAUACGGCAAUGGUGGAAGAUUUGGAAAUCAACACCACCGUUGACCUCAAAGGGAAUGACCGAUCCAAAGUACCAAGUUCUCAUUCUACUGCUACAUAUUUUGGAAAUUCCAUAAUUUACAUAGGCGGUAAAUCUUUAAGUAAAACCUUAAUACCAAUGAAUCAGAUUUUGAUAUACAAUAUUUCGGAUCAUAAGUUGAUCUUAAAGUCUGUUACGAGUACAGACGACGUAGUCGGCCGAUAUGGGCAUUCAGCAUGCUUAGUGCAAAAUAAAAUCAUCGUUUAUGGCGGACUUUCGGAAAACGAACAAUCUCUCGAUUCUAAUAAUGCUUUGGUAAUUCUGGAGAUAAAUAACGACAGUUACAGUUGGCGUACAGAAAAGAUACCAAAUAAUCAAAUUAUUCCUUAUUAUCAUACUGCAACAAUUAACGAUAUUUAUAUGAUCAUUGCAUUCGGGAAAGAUAGCAAGGGUGAUAAGUUAAUUGGAGAUGACUCACUAGAUAGUAAAUUAUCAAAUGCACAGCAUACCAAGAGAGGAACGUCAACUGGAGGAAGUGCAUCGGAUACAAAUUUUAUUUCGAUUCUUAACGUAAAUAAUUAUGAAUGGGUAACUUCACCUAAUGAAGAAACAGUAUCAACAAAACCAGAUUCAAACACGCCUGGCUCAACUCAAUCCUCUGGUUCAAAUUCGACAACCACAUCAAUGCCAUCUCCGAAAAAAGGAUCAAAUAUUGGCAGUAUAGUAGGUGGUAUCAUAGGAGGAAUUUUAGGUGCUGCUCUUUUAGCCAGCCUUGUAUUUUUCUUUUAUCGUAGAAACAAUACAAGAAAACGCGGAAAUUCCGAAAGUUUCCACGAAUUAACAGCUUCGACGAGGCAAAUUUCAACCCAACAAUCAUCAAUUCCACCAGCUCCAACUUCCCGAUCACUCCCAUCAAUCCCAUGGGUGAGUCCACUGAAGCCUAACCCUUCAAUUCAGCCAUUGCAAGCUGAACAAUCCGCCCCAGUUAUGUUGACCCUUCCGUUAACAAACCUAAAUAUAUCAGAGUUGUCUUCGGUUGAAUCUCGUCAGCCUCUUGAUUCGAGUAGCUCGGCUCCAUCUCUUUUAAGUAUACCGUUAGUUAGCUCUAAUCCAUCAUCACCAUUUUAUAAAUAUGAUGAUUAA